AUGGUCCUCGGACCAUACUGCUUGGCUCACUCACUGGGCCUAAAGUGUGCCAAGAAAACCUCCACACACCAUUACAUCAUCACCACCAGCCUGUACAGUGUGAAAGAUUUAGGUCUGAAGUAUUUGAAGAUGCUGGUGGUGAACCAACAGUAUGCAGUGGAUUUACAGAUUCCCAUGUGCCACAUUACACAGUUGACAUUUACUUGUCUGGACGUGGACCGUGAUAAUGUCUUUGUCAGGUUCCAGCAGGGUUCAGGUCUUCAGUUUGAGUUCAGGGACCUGAACUUCAUUGGAAAACUCCAAAGAGAAAUUUGCUCGUCUCAAGGACCGGCUUACCUAACAGGAGGAGGUGUUGACGUCACCAUCAGAGUGAGACUGAUCCAAACUGGAGGACAUCUGAGUCUCGAGAUACCGUCUGAAAACUCUGAAGACUGUAAGGUCCAAGCCGAGAGUAUCCAUGUGGACUUAACUGGAAAACUGGGGUUGCUGCUGAACCCUUUUCUCACAGGAGGGUUAAAGUUGGUCAAUCUGUUCCCCUCCCAGCUCUGUGAUUUUAUUGUCAAACAUGGUGUCCCUAAAGUAAACACCAUGUUGGCGGCCCUCCCCAUCGCGUGGACUUCGAACAAAGACCUCGGUAUCAACCUCGACUACUCUCUGAGUGGAAACGUCAUGGUAACGGCCAACAGCCUCGACGUGCCUUUCACAGGUGUGGUGUACUACGAUGACCACGGUGACCAUGGUAACCACAAUGACGACGGUAGUAGAAGCUCUGCUUUACCAGCAGCAGGUGUAGUGCCGGUGUUCACAGAUAAAGAUAGUAACCGGAUGGCUUACGUUGGCGUCUCUGAAGACCUGUUUAAAAGCGCCGGACAGGCGCUCUACGACCACGGGCCUUUUGAACUGACCGUUCCACAGGUUAAUUCUGUUGCUAAAUUCUUUCUGAACAAAGUGGGAUUGUCUGAGGGUCCUGUUGAAGUUCAGCUCACUGGGGUGCCAGUCAUCAAAAUCAACAAGGAUGGAGUAUCUGUCAAGGUGGAGGCCAUCGCCCAAUCUCUAGACAAACCAGAUCUUCCCGUGGAGUGUAAGUUUGGGAUAAAGGUCGAUUUGAAUGGACACCGUCUGAUUCUUCAGUAUCUAAGCCCCAAGUAA